GCGGACCGACUGCGGGGCGGACGGUGAACGCAGGGAAGCUGUUUAGCUCUGGCCAGACGGGUCCGAUCCCCGCCGUCGUUGCCGCCAUGACCGGGCUGGCGCUGCUCUACUCUGGGGUCUUCGUCGCCUUCUCUUGCAUGCUCGUCGUGGGAAUCUGCUACACCAUUUUUGACUUGGGCUUCCGCUUCGAUGUGGCAUGGUUCCUGACUGAGACUUCCCCCUUCAUGUGGUCGAACCUGGGCAUUGGUCUAGCAAUCUCCUUGUCUGUGGUUGGAGCAGCCUGGGGCAUCUAUAUUACUGGCUCCUCCAUCAUUGGUGAGGGUGAAGGCCCCAGGAUCAAAACCAAGAACCUGGUCAGUAUCAUCUUCUGUGAGGCUGUGGCCAUCUAUGGCAUCAUCAUGGCAAUUGUCAUUAGCAACAUGGCUGAGCCUUUCAGUGCUACUGACCCCAAGGCCAUUGGUCAUCGAAACUACCACGCAGGCUACUCCAUGUUUGGAGCUGGCCUCACAGUGGGUCUGUCUAACCUCUUCUGUGGAGUCUGCGUGGGCAUCGUGGGCAGUGGGGCCGCCCUGGCUGACGCACAGAACCCCAGCCUCUUUGUAAAGAUUCUCAUCGUGGAGAUCUUUGGCAGUGCCAUCGGACUCUUUGGGGUCAUCGUUGCAAUCCUUCAGACUUCCAGAGUGAAGAUGGGUGACUAGAUGAUCUGUGUGGGUGGGGCUGUGCCCUGCUCUUAUUUAUUGCUGGUUUUCCUGGGACAGUUGGAGCUGCGCCCCUCAACCUUUCGGGGGCCUUAGUGUUCAGGGCCUUCCCUGCACUCACCUCUCACUGCCUGUUGACUUGGAGGCACUGCGAUCCAGGCUGAAUCUCCACUGUGGGGGAAUGAGCUGUUGACGGCAACUGUGUGUGCAGCUGUGCACCCCCAACCCAUCUUCCCAGUGUUUGUGAAAUAAAUGUGGUAUUUGUGC